GCGGCGGCGGCGGCGUGUCCCCGCUCCAGCGCCGCCCGAUGCCGGUGUGGUGCUGCCGGUGCUCCCUGGUCGGUCAUUUCAGAAACUAUAGCAGUUCUGAAACCGAAGGGCAGAUUUUGAAUUCCUUAGUGCAAUAUUUUGGUGACAGUUUCAGCAGAAAAGUUAAAGCAAUGCCAUUAGUUGAAGAAACUUCUUUACCUGAAGACUCAUCACUGACUUUGCCUAUGGUAAUAGUAGGAAACGGACCCUCUGGCAUUUGCCUUUCUUACAUGUUGUCAGGAUACAGACCAUAUUUAUCUUCAGAAGCUGUACAUCCAAAUCCAAUUUUGCAUAGUAAAUUAGAAGAAGCAAGACAUCUCUCCAUUGUUGAUCAGGAUUUAGAGUACUUGUCUGAAGGUCUUGAAGGCCGAUCAUCUAAUCCAGUUGCGAUACUACUUGACACACUUCUUCAUCCAGAUGCUGACUUUGGGUAUGAUUAUCCAUCAGUUUUGCAUUGGAAAUUAGAACAGCAUCAUUAUAUUCCUCACUUGGUUCUUGGUAAAGGACCACCUGGUGGGGCUUGGCAUCAUAUGGAAGGUUCCAUGUUGACAAUCAGCUUUGGAAACUGGAUGGAGUUGCCUGGGCUUAAGUUUAAAGAUUGGGUGGCUACCAAGCGAAGGAACAUAAAGAGUGACCGAGUUACGCCAGAGGAGAUAGCCUGCUACUACAAGCACUAUGUGAAAGUUAUGGGUCUUCAGAAGAAUUUCCGAGAAAAUACUUAUAUAACCUCUGUAUCAAGACUUUACAGAGAUCAAGAUGAUGAUGACCAGGACGGUGAUGAUAUUUCAACACAACAGUUACAAAUGGAGAAAUCAACAUUUAUCAAGAGAAACUGGGAGAUUAGAGGCUAUCAAAGAAUAGCUGAUGGCUCUCAUGUUCCUUUUUGUCUCUUCGCUGAGAAUGUAGCUCUAGCAACUGGAACUCUGGAUUCUCCUACUUACUUGAAAGUUGAAGGGGAAGAUUUUCCCUUUGUGUUUCAUUCAAUGCCAGAAUUUGGAGCUGCCAUUAGCAAAGGAAAGUUACAUGGCAAAGUGGACCCAGUUUUAAUUGUAGGUUCUGGACUUACAGCAGCUGAUGCUGUGCUGUGUGCUUACAACAGUAAUAUUCCUGUAAUUCAUGUGUUCCGGAAACGGGUCACUGAUCCAAGUUUAAUUUUCAAACAACUUCCCAAAAAGCUUUAUCCUGAAUACCAUAAAGUCUAUCAUAUGAUGUGUACUCAGUCAUAUUCUGUUGACUCUAAUCUUUCAUCAGCUUAUACCAGUUAUCCUGAGCACCAUGUGCUUUCAUUUAAGAUGGACAUGAAAUGUGUUCUUCAGAGUGUCUCUGGACUGAAGAAAAUCUUCAAGUUAUCUGCAGCAGUGGUAUUAAUAGGCUCCCAUCCUAAUCUGUCCUUUUUGAAGGAACAAGGCUAUGACUUGGGCCAUAAUUCAAACCAGCCAAUUACAUGUAAAGGUAAUCCAGUGGAAAUUGAUCCAUACACAUACGAGUGUACUAAAGAAGCUAACCUUUUUGCUUUGGGGCCUUUGGUUGGAGACAAUUUUGUACGGUUUUUAAAGGGUGGGGCACUGGGUGUUGUUCGCUGUCUUCUUAAUAGACAGAAGAGGAAACAACAUUUAAUUGUUGAAAGAGGAGGUGGUGAUGGUAUAGCAUAAAGCUAUUGUGUUUACAAGUAAUAAUUCAUAACUAAUUCAUGUGGACAGCUUGCCAUCAACAUUUUUAAUAGUGAUUUGCAAUCUCAUUUUGUUAGGGCUAUAUUGCCUGACAAGGAGGUACACAGCUGUACUCAUCACUUUGAAAUGUUAUGAGAACUUUGUUUUCUUCAUUUAAAACUAUCUUAUACCACGAGGUAUAAUUUGCAAAUGAAUAGAAAACAUUGUCAGUUUGUCUGGCCGGCUUUAGGCCUUUAUUUUAACUGAAGCACUAUGACGUUAUUUCAAAAGACUUGGUUUCAAUUAUUUUUCUUCAGUUGCUUACAUUUAAUUUUCAAAAUGUUAUCUUGAAACUACAAAAACCAGCUGAUUAAGCCAGGAAGUUGACUUUGUAUAAUGUCAGAUCUCAAGGAGAGUAUUAUGUGGGGAAACAAUUCCUAAAACAGGUUUGAUUUAUUUUGCCGCAUCAUCAGUUUUGUAAAUCUUAUUUUGUCACUUAGAUUGAGAUGUUCUUUAAACAAAAGAGGAUUCUUUGUUUAAUUCUGUAUGAAGACUUCUUAAUCUUAGAUUCUAAUAAUAAUCUGACAGUCCGUUAACGUUGGGAUAUAUCUACAAACUUGGCCAUUUCAAGACAAAUUAAUAAAGUGUUUUGUGGAGGUUUGUUCUCUGCUAGACUUCUAUAAAGCUUUCCAGUAAUACUUUGAAAGUACAAUAAUAAAUUGCUUAUAAAAGUGCUCUUA